AUGGCGGAUUCUCCUCAAUCCAAUCCAACAAGGCACCAAUUGCACACAAGGUUAAUAGCCGAGUCGAUGACAAUUGUCUCUCCUCGGCCCUCAGUUGCGCAUAUCACAGUUCCAGAUUCCAUAGCGGCCAUGAGCAAUACAAGCCCACCUUCAACAAGGCACUCAUCGCCCACAAAAAUAGACCCCAGCAACUUUUCUCUGCUUUCGAUCUUGUUCAGCAAAAGAAAAUCCAUGGCCUUUACUUAUGCAUUCACAUUCGCCUUCAUUGCCUGCACUUUCUUCUUGGUUUUCAACCCUCUUCCUCUGCGCUUCAAGAGCAUCCUGCAUGCCUCCUUCUACUCUUCUCCUCAGAACCCAAAUGCACAUUUGGAGCUUUCCCGGAAAGUUGACCCUUUUGCCCGGAAACCUGAUUCUUCACCACAUUUGGAUGAGAUUGCAAGUUUGAAGGUUGGUGAGGUGAAAAAUGAAAGCUUGAAGGGAAAUAAUAAUGAGGAUGCUCAAUCAUCCAACCCAAUUCUUUCCUUGUUCUCAGAAUCCGCCAAUCAGACUUCCAGCAACACCGAAAUCGAAUUUUCCAGGAAAGUGGAGGGCUCCAAGAAAAGAAAGGACACAAAGGAGCCUAAAGAUUCUAAAGUGCGUUCUCAUUCUUCUUCUGAAGACUCCAAUGGAAAACAUGGUUCGAAAAAGAAAAGUGAUGGUAAAAAGGCCUCGUCUAAGAAGCAAGGCAAACAAACUGAAUUGAAGUCUGAGUUGAUGAAUGCUUGUGACAUAUUUGAUGGAAGUUGGGUGAGAGAUAAUUGGUACCCACUUUAUGCUCCGGGGUCUUGCCCUCUUAUAGAUGAGCCCUUCAAUUGUUUUCUUAACGGUAGGCCUGAUAAUGGCUACGAGAGGUAUAGAUGGCAACCCAAACAUUGCAGUAUCCCAAGGUUGAAUGGUAAGAAGAUGUUGAGACUAUUGACAGGAAAGCGUCUAGUUUUUGUUGGUGAUUCUCUCAACAGGAAUAUGUGGGAGUCUUUGCUUUGUAUUCUUAGAAAUUCAGUGGAUAAUAAGAGCAAAGUUUAUGAAGUCUCUGGUAGGGAAGAAUUUCGUACAGAGGGUUCUUACUCUUUUAUAUUCGAGUCUAAAGUAGUUUCUAUGUAUUUGUUCUUGAAUGGAUCAAAGGAUUAUAAUUGUUCAGUGGAGUUCUUUCAAUCGCGAUUUCUAGUUCAAGAAUGGGAGAUGCCAGAACCAAGUGGAUCAAAAAAGGAAACACUUCGCAUUGAUUUGAUUGAGAGAUCCUCUGAUAACUACCAAAAUGCAGAUGUUCUCAUCUUUAACACAGGUCACUGGUGGACUCAUGAGAAAACUUCCAGUGGGAAGGGUUACUAUCAAGAGGGUAGCCAUGUAUAUGGUGAAUUGAAUGUCGACGAUGCAUUUGAGAAAGCUUUAACGACAUGGGCAAGAUGGGUGGACACCAAUGUAAAUCCUAAGAAAACUGCUGUUUUCUUCCGGGGCUAUUCACCUUCUCACUUUAGAGGUGGAGAAUGGAAUUCUGGAGGGCAUUGUCACGGUGAGACAAAGCCAACUACAAACAUGGAAUCUACGGAAUAUGCAGGUGAAUAUCCAUCGAACAUGAAAAUCUUGGACUCAGUAGUCAAGAAAAUGAAGACGCCAAUCUUCUAUCUGAACAUUACAACAAUGACUGAUUUCCGGAAGGAUGCUCAUCCGUCUAUUUACAGAAAGCCAAAUUUAACCGAGGAGGAGAGAAAACCACCUAUGAUCCAGGAUUGCAGUCACUGGUGCCUCCCUGGUGUUCCUGAUACAUGGAACGAGCUUAUAUAUGCUCAACUCCUUAGACGUAACCAGAAGCAAUAUAAAACAGAAGAAACAACAAAAUCAGAGGACACCAUUUUAGAUAUGAGAGAAAUAAAAUUAAGUAGUAUUUUUUUUUUUUGA